CAAGGGAGGGACACACAAAGAAAGAGAGAGGUAGAAAGAUGCCUUGCCGUGUUGUGGAUUCUCUCUCCCGUGGUAAGCAGAAGCCACAUUGGACUGAACAGGAAGACUUAGGCUACAACUUCUGGACUGGUGCUUGGGAGAGGGCGAGCAGCAGCACCUGAUGAGACGCACCGGAGCAAGUACAGCAGAUCUCUUUUGGAUCUCGACAACACCUGAACAUCCAACCUGAUCCCUUUUCUGAUCUACCGUUCUACGUACCUUUGCUGCUCACUAAAAGCGCCAGGACCCGGCUGAACUUCUACACUGAUUCUGAUCACCGACUCCACCCUAAGACCAGAGUGGAGGGACCCAACUGGGACUCUGCGUGAAUGGACUCCACCACGGUGGCCUCUUUUAGAUGUGCUUCUCUCCCCUCGCUAUACUGCCGGACUGGCCCCGCACCCACCUGUGCUCCCUGAGAGGCCUCAGCGGACCCCCCCCCCCUCCCACCACCACCCUGGUGCCUCUGGGAUGGUGUGAUCAUUGCGGGACCCAUUGCUGACCUUAGAUCAGGGCCAACAUGCCAGUGAUGAAGGGCCUCCUGGCCCCCCAGAAUACCUUUCUGGACACCAUCGCCACCCGCUUCGAUGGCACCCACAGCAACUUCCUGCUGGGCAACGCGCAGGGCCACCGCGGCUACCCAAUCGUCUACUGCUCGGACGGCUUCUGCGAGCUGACGGGCUUCGCGCGCACCGAGGUGAUGCAGAAGAAGUGCAGCUGCCGCUUCCUGUACGGCCACGACACCAGCGAGCACGUGGCCCAGCAGAUGGAGAAGGCCCUGGAGGGACGAGAGGAGUUCCAGACUGAGGUCCACUUCUACAAGAAGAAUGGGACCUCUUUCUGGUGCCUACUGGACGUUGUGCCCAUAAAGAACGAGAAGGGGGAGAUGGUCCUAUUCCUCUUCUCGUUCAAGGACAUCACUGACACACACGGCAAAGUGCAUCACAAGAAAGAAGAGGAUAAGAGGCGGAGCAGGAAGAGUGGCAGCUCUCACUUCAGCGAAGCCAGGAAGCGGGGGCGGACCAUGAUCUACCAUCUGACCAGCCAGUUCUCCAGAGGCGGCAAGAGAGAGGUCAACCUGGGCAGUAACAUGUUUGAGAAGCCCUCGUCCCUCCCGGAGUAUAAGGUAGCGGCGGUCCAGAAGUCCCGCUUCAUCCUGCUUCACUACAGCGUAUCCAAGGCAUUAUGGGACUGGAUGAUCCUCCUUGCCACCUUCUAUGUGGCGGUCACCGUGCCCUACAACGUCUGCUUCACGCCUUACGACGAGCUGGACACGGCCGCCCGCGCCACCAUCGUCAGUGACAUCGCCGUGGAGAUGCUCUUCAUCCUGGACAUCAUCCUGAACUUCCGAACAUCCUUUGUGAGCACGUCGGGUCAGGUGGUGUACGAGGCACGCUCCAUUUGCAUCCACUACGCCACCACCUGGUUCUUUGUCGACCUGGUGGCUGCACUGCCCUUUGACCUGCUCUAUGCCUUCAACAUCACCGUGACCUCCCUGGUCCACCUGCUGAAGACGGUUCGCUUACUGCGGCUGUUGAGGCUUCUCCAGAAGCUGGACCGUUACUCCCAGUACAGUGCCAUGGUGCUCACCCUGCUCAUGUCCAUGUUUGCCCUGCUGGCCCACUGGAUGGCCUGCAUCUGGUACAUCAUCGGACGCAAGGAGAUGGAGAACAACGACCCUGACACCUGGGACAUAGGUUGGCUCCAUGAGCUGGGCAAGCGUUUGGAGACUCCAUACGCCAACAGCACACUGGGCGGACCCUCAGUACGCAGCUCCUAUAUCGCUGCCCUCUACUUCACCCUCAGUAGCCUCACCAGCGUGGGCUUCGGCAAUGUGUGUGCCAACACUGACGCUGAGAAGAUCUUCUCUAUCUGCACUAUGCUCAUAGGGGCCCUGAUGCAUGCGGUGGUAUUUGGGAACGUGACGGCCAUCAUCCAGCGGAUGUACUCGCGGCGCUCCCUCUACCACACGCGCAUGAAGGACUUGAAGGACUUCAUCAGGGUUCACCGUCUUCCCCAGCAGCUCAAACAGCGAAUGCUGGAGUACUUCCAGACCACCUGGUCCGUUAACAAUGGCAUCGAUGCCAACGAGCUCUUGCACGACUUCCCAGACGAGCUGCGGGCCGACAUCGCCAUGCACCUGAACAAGGACAUCCUGCAGCUGCCCGUGUUCGAGGGGGCCAGCCGUGGCUGUCUGCGCUCGCUCUCCCUCCACAUCAAGACCUCGUUCUGCGCCCCUGGCGAGUACUUGAUCCGGCAGGGCGACGCGCUCCACGCUAACUACUUUGUCUGCUCGGGUUCCCUGGAGGUGCUCAAGGACAGCAUGGUGCUGGCCAUCCUAGGGAAGGGGGAUCUGAUUGGCUCCGACCUGCCGGGGACGGAUCACGUGAUCAAGACUAAUGCGGACGUGAAGGCGCUGACCUACUGCGACCUGCAGUACAUCAGUGUGCGGGCUCUAAGGGAGGUGCUGGAGUUCUACCCGGAGUACGCCAGCCUGUUCACUGCAGAUAUCCUCCACAACCUCACAUACAACCUGAGAGAAGGCAGCGAAGCAGAGGGCCUGACAAGGUUCUCAAGGUCGCCCAGGCUUCCACACAACCGCCGAGGUUCCACAGAGCACAAGCUCCCGUCCAUCAUUGAGACAAAAGGAGGUCUCCAUGACGACUCAGAUGAGUACUACCACCUAUCACCAGCGUCCCGCACCCGCCGCGCAAACCUCCUCUUGCCCAGCCUGAGCAGCCCCGUGCGCCGCACCUCCCUGGGCAACCUGCUGGGUGACGAGCUAAGGCAGUUCAAUGCCCUGCGGCGCUGCCGUUCGCCCAACCUGAGCCGGGGAGGCCUACCCCGGGGCCACAGCCUGUCUUCCCCACAGCCGCUGCCGAAAAAGGAGCACAGUGUCCCAGUGGCAGCCCCUGCUAGUCCCCCUACCUCAGGGGAGUUGGGGGCAGGGAGUCAGGGCCGCAAGCCCUCCAAGCUGCUGAUUCCCACUGUCAGCUAUUUUGUACCGCCGGACCUCAGUCCAAGGGUUGUCGACGGCAUCGAGGACAAUGGUCGCACGUUCCUCUUCAACAUGGAGCACAGUGGGCCCAAGGCCAGCACCACGGGACGUCCCAGUGAAGAUACGAGGCAGGUGAACGCCACUUUGCUUCUGGAGUCGGAAGAGGUUAGACAGAGCAUCAGUCAGCUCAACCAGAAGAUGGGCAACUUGAACAACGAAGUGUCUCAGCUGACCAAGGACCUCCAUCACAUGAUGCACCUUCUCCAGGCCCAGGUGGCUAUGCACCACUACACAGCCUCCCUGUCCUCCUCCUAUCCCUACGCCGUCCAAAUGGUCUCCAACCCCAACCCCACCGCCAGCACUGGCACAGCCUACAACCUGGCCCCCAGCAGCCUGCACCUCCAUCAGGACCCUGGGAGCAUGGAGGGGGGACACACGGACACACUCCACCCUUGCUGGGGCUACAGUGAGGCUCCAGGGGGGAGCUGCCAGGCUAGGGCCACAGAGGGUGGACAGCCAGAGGACCACUACCAGACCCAACCUCAGUCUUCCAGCCCAGGGCCCCCUAGCUUCUACCAUGUGACAGACUCGGCGGCCGUGCCAGGACCCUGCCGGGGAUCUGGUAGAACCUCACCCCAUCCCUGGACUGGCCCUUCCUUGCUUAGCAUUAGCCCAACCUUACAGAGUGGUGGUAGCCCAGGCACGUCUACCACUGCUGGGCAUGAGGACUUUGGCGAGAGUCGCCCUGGCCUUGACACUAGCCCAGUUAGCAUCAGCCAGUCCCAACCCAGCUUGUGUCUGCAGCCGCCUAGCAGCGGUUUGUACAGCUGUCUGCUGUCUAGUGCUCCCACGUCUACUCACAGCCUCCUGGAUGCCUACCCCAGCACCUACCCGCACAUCUACCUAGCCUCAGAACCCCUUUUACACCCUGCAAGGCCUACCCUGGGGGAACCUGCUGCAGUCCUGGGGCUUGACGGGGUUCCAAGCCAUGACUUCCCCCAGCAAUACACAUCCACCUCCAGCCUCCUUGACGAGGACCUGCACAGUCUGUCUGUCCACUCCAGCCCUGGAACUGCCCACUCCUUCCCCAGGCCAUCGUCCGUCUGUUCCCAGGACUCAGAGUCUCCUCCUAGGCAGGACAACUGCGCUCCUCCCCAUAUCCCCUUGGGAGACUCGGCAGCGGUGGGACACACCAGUCUGGAGUGCCUGCUGGGGAAUGGGGGCUCCACGGAGAGCAGGGACAGCGAGAGCCCCGGGACCAGGUCGAGGAGAUCCAGCCUGGGAGCUCAGACUCAGUGCACAGAGCAGUCCUGGUGCCUGGACCUGACGGACUAGUGCCCUUUCCACACAAGAGAGAAUAAAAUAUCUGGGCCAGCACACUAGGGUCCGCGCUGGCACGGUAGUGUGAAAAGAUUACGCUUGGCCCUACAUUUGGCCCCAACAACUCAACCCCAACCACCAUCACGGGGAACUAAAAACUGGACAGGGAACUGAAUCUUUACAAAGACAAGAAAAGUGGACAUGUUACAGAGCAUUAUAGGGACUGUACAUUGUGCAACACUAUGGACGUGCACUUUUGAGUGUUCUUAACGUGUGGCGUGUUUUCCCCCAUUUUUUUUUGGGGGGGGGGGGGAUCACUUGUUAGUCUGCGUUCAAGCGACUUACAGCUUUUACUAUGCAAACGCAUGUCAUUUUGUGCGUUGUCUUGGAUUUGAUCAAGUGUGUCCUUUUUUAGACGUAGCUCAUUUUUGAGGAGUUUCUCUCUUUCGAUUGGAAGAUCAACCUGAAAAUGUGUAUUAUUGAAGUUGAAAUCCCGUUCGAGGUUAGAAGUGAUUGUGACCUAGGUAGAGGUUCUUGACUCUAACACCUCGAUCAAAUGUUAGCGCGGAACAGGGGUCAUUGUGACGUUCCUACACAAGUCCUCUAAAAGGGGAAUUAAUCAAAUGCAAACCAUGAUUAUAUUAUUAAUAUAUAAAAUGUUUAAUUCAGUUCAAUGAAACAACAUUACACUUGGUUGAAAUGGCUACCUUUACAAAAGUAAUCAAAGAGUGCAACCAAAACGUAUUAAGGUCUCAAGAAAAUAGGUUCAAAAUUCAGAAAGCAGUUACUGUUUUCUAAUUGAUGAACAGUCGUUGUUUAACAGCCACAAGAACCCAAAUCUGAUUUUCGUUCUAUAUCUGAUAUUUUUUGUCUACACUCAAGUUUUACAUGUGACCCAUAUCAGAUUUGCCCAUUCACACCAGAGAUCUGUAUAUAACGCUCAUGUCUCCGUCAUAACAAUGGGAGUCGUUGUCCCAAAGGCGGGAAGGCAGGCGACAACCUUAGGUCCAAAAUAAGCCCAUAGAAACGCUUUGGGCUUAUUUUGGAUAGCUUUUUGGCAAGAGUGAAACCUCGUUACCUCCUCUCUGCUCACACUGAUGUAGCCUCUGAAGUAGCACACAGAUGCAAUUCUCAUUUCCUGUCUCUGUUCCUUUAAAUAUUAGGGUGGUUGUCAUGGUCAAGGCAAAUCAUGAUAAAAAAAUAAAAAGUUACAUUUCAGAGCAAAGAAAUCUGAUCUGAGCGUCCAGACAGAGGUCACAUAUGGAGGAUUGGGUUUGUAUCAGGAUUCAGCUCCACAUAUGGAGAUGGUAUAAAUCGGAAGUCAACAGAUCUGAUUCCAUGUGGUCUUUUGCUGUUUACACGUUAGGGAAGAAGAUCAGAUAGGUAUCAGAUAUGCAAAUAAUUGGCAAACGAUCUGAAUUGGGCUGCUUCUGUAAACGCAGCAUAAAGGUGUCCAAUUAUGAACAUCAUGAAUAAAUCUCUAUACUACACAUAGGGGCAUUCGCUUGUUUAACCAAAAGACGACUAUUUAGACAUUCAUUUGUCAAGCAGUACUACAAGCAGUAAGCUAGUGAUAGAGUGCGUCCAAAAUGGCACCCUAUUCCCUAUAUAGUGCACAACUUUGGACCAGGGCCCAUAGGGGUCUGGUCGAAAGUAGUACACUAUAUAGGGAAUAAGGUGCCUUUUUGGGACGGAGCCAUACACACCUGUGAAUUAGUGGGUUCCCGUAAGAUAUUCGGUCGAGAUGAAGCCAAUCGAUAUUGCGUAACCACAAAACAUGAAUCUACCUUAACCUGUUCCCCCACAGCUGGUUAUUGAGCACAAGAUGAGUUUCAUAAGAAUUUCGAAAAGAUAAAAUGUCGACCUUCGAGUCAGCCAUAGAGUAUAUAAUUUGAAUGAUGUGUUCUGAAUAGAGCUGUGUCACUGCACUCCGAACCAGACUAGAGCUCACCUGGAAAGAGGGGUCUAACAACUUCUGCACUCACACAGAGAUAACUCCUAUAAGUAAGAAUACAAGUAUACAUUUAGGCUUCCUCGCAGAGGAAUUGGCUGUUAUGACCUGUUACCUCAUUGCAUGCUGAAGUUGUUUAUUCUUUUUCCUAAGGAAAAGGUAUCGACAAUAUGUUAACAUUCUAUUCGAGAUACUGUAGAUUGUAUAGACAAAUACUGUACUUGCAUGACAGGUCGAGGCUGACUGAUUCACACGCACGGUUGGAUGUUUUGACUUACUAUUACAUACUGGGCAUAUACGUUUUCAGAUAACAGAAUAUUAAUUGUUUUUGGUUGACGUGGUGUUUUUUCUCUCCAAGUUCAGGCAUGUUUAUGUUGGAAGAUAAAUUGUUUUGUGUAUUUUCAACCUCAAUCGAUUAAUUAUUCGCAACCAAAUAACAUCUUGAGAUAAUUUAAAAAGCAGUUUAAAUUUUUUUCCUAACACCUAUUAAGGGCUAGAUUCAAUCCGUAUCAUGGAAGAUCUGCAUUAUAGCACGAUUGAAAUUGAAAGGGCAUUUCUUAUUGAGCCAACAUAUGCAGUGUUUACCAUGAAUUUGCGAACGCAGAAACAUUGCCUUUUAAAUUUCAAUUGAGCUAGUGCGGAUCUUCCUCGAUAAGGAUAGGCUUAAGUGUACAAUUUAACACCCUUAUACAAAGCACACAUACAGUAUAGUAGGAAUAUUCAAAUAAAGCUGCAAAAAACAGUGUACCCCCAUUUUGAAAGUUAAUACUAUUCAUUCCUAGCUAGGAAAACAGUUCCCUGAGGAAAUAUGCUUAAUAUAUUCUAGAACUUCCAAACUAUUUAUGCCCGAGGGAGAAAAAACAUAAUCUCACGUCAAUAUUCAGAGUAUACCAUAAUUUUGUUUGAGAUGAUUUCUCCUUGACUGACAUAAUAAAAUAUGCUGACAAAUCC